UGCUGUGAGUGGCGGAGGCGGCCGCGGGCUGCUUGACUGUCUCUGGCCUUCCUCCAAUGGCGGCUUCCGCCGAGCUGAGCCCCUCUGUCGAGCGCUGGAGGAGACGCUACCUGGCCGGACAGAAUAAUUCUCUGGAUGCAGCGCAGACCAAAUGCAAAAGUAGAAGGUCCCUAAUAUCUACAGAGAAAAUGGACAGCUCACUUGAUGAUACAAUUGCAUCAUUACUCGAAUGCUCCUCACAGUUAAAAUAUACUGGCAAUAGAAGAAAGCAAAAUACAAAGCAUUUUUCAGACACUUCAAAGAAUGUUAAAAACUUAAGUCGGCAGGGUGAUGAGUUGGAUUCUCUAUAUGGCUCAAGUCAGCAUGACAUACAGCCUGAGUUCAUUGGAGAUUUUCCCAGAGACACGUAUUCAGAAUCAGACAUUACUCUGCCGUCCAGUUUGACAGUGACCACAUCUUGUAAUUAUGAUAGUGGUGGUGAACCAGCAAGAGAGAGUGUGAGAAUUCAUGAAACCCAAGAACUAAAUGGGAAAAACUUGAUACCAUCUCAUUUCAGUCAAAUCUAUCGCGAAUUAUCUAUCAUACAUCAAAAGCUGCAGCAAGAAAAAUUAGCCCAGGAGGAAUAUGCUUUAAAACUUGAAAGACGUGAGCACUGUUUGGCAGAACGAGAGACCCUGCUUUGUAGACAUGAAGCUGCUUUGACCAAGAUAAGAAGUGUGGAGGAGGAAGUUCACACAAAAUUUCAAAUUAUGAAAGAGCAACAUGAAGCUGAAAUUCAACAGUUGUCUGAAGCUUUGAAAGAAAAAGCAAAGGAAAACAAAAGGCUUAAAUCAUCAUUCGAAACUUUGAAGGAACUGAAUGAUGGAUUAAGACAACAGCUAAAUGACAUAAGUGAGCAAAACAAGAAGUUGGAAGGCCAGUCUCGAAAGGUGCAAUCUCGUUUAGAGAAUUUGCAGCGGAAGCAUGAAUUUUUAUCCAUACAGAAAUCUAAAGACGCUUUCCACACAGCCCAGGAACGAAAGGUUAUCAAGCCAGAAAAAACAAUAACAUCAAAAAGUUGCAAAAUACCAAUUAAUUCACACAUAUAUGACCUUUUAACGGUGUUAAUGGACUGGAUCUCAGAUCAGCACCUGAGCAAAUUGGUAGCAGAGGAAGAGAAAGCUUCUGAAUGUCUUCUAACAGGCAUGCUUGCUUCCAGCAGAAACUACACACAGGAGAAGUGUAUCAGGUUUUUGCCUCUAGUUGCUGAACAGUUUCAGUGGAUGCCCUUUGUGAAUCCUGACUUGCACAUGCAUGUGGUUAAAUUCAUUUACUGGGCUAUCAGGCAGUUAGAUGGAGGCACACAGUAUGCAACAAUGACAUCAACGAUGAGAAGACUGGGUGAAGACCUGUUUAAAGGUGUUGUGCCGAAGGGAUGUCAAUAUAGUUCCCCUGAACAUACUACCGAGCCCAAGCCAAAGUCCGCAGCGUUCUUUAAAAGCUCCAGCUUGCCUUUAAGACUUGUAUCAACCUUAAUUAUAAUCAAAACAGUGACGCAAGCUGAUUACCUGGCUCAAGCCUUUGAUUCCCUUUGCGUGGAUCUGAAGACAGAUGAAGGGAAGGCCUUGUUUUUGGACUACCAAGCUGUGCCUGUUAUCUUGAGUCAUAUAAGAAUAUCGAGUAAAGGUGUUCUUUCCAACGCCGUUGACAGUUUGCUUCAGAUGACAACACAAUCCAGGUUUUUGCAUCCGUUUCUGGAAGCUUGCAGUAAUGAGACCUUUUUUCGCACUUGUUCACUGUUGCUUCGAAACCCUAAGCUAGAUACACAGAUAUUGGAAAAACUUAGUAUUCUGCUGCAAAAGCUCUCAAAAAUCAAGGGCAAUAAGAAGAUGUUUGAGCUGUUCACAAUUCACCUGAUGAUUCAAGAGCUACAGAGGACAACGCAUCCAGAUCAUGCUUUCUUAUGCAUUAACCUCAACUCAAUUCUCUUCAAUUUGGGACUGACUAAAAGCAACCCCAAAAGCAAUAGUUUAAAUGGGAGCAAGUAAAAGAUUGCAUUUUAUUAAGACGUUUUCUGAAGCAUGCUGAUUCUAAAUGAAUAAAUGGGGGGGGGGUCACGAUGGACAUAAUCUUUUAUGCCAAUAUGCUCCUCAAAAUAGACCUAGGACAGCUUUUCAUUUUAUUGAAUACUUGAUUUACCUGCCCCCUUUAAAUAUUAAAAGUUUUAGGGUGGUCAUGAUCCAGAGGGAUGUACAAUAGGUAAUCUGUGCUGCCAAAGCUGACAGUGAUCUUUGUGUACAGCCCUAACUCUCAUGAUAUGCAGCCCCUUUUGGAAGCAGUUCCUCAUCCGUCAAUGGCCAAAUUAUUUAACCUGUGGGGGGGGGGGUGUCAAAUCCUCCCUGGCCAUAAAGUUGUUUCUCCCUCUCUCACUAGAUGACCAUCGUCAUCCCCAGUUGAAAAACGUUUGCUGCCAAAUGUGAGGGUCAACCUCUCCUGACCCUCAUCCCAGCAGCAUAGUGAGAAGAUAUCCCAGAGAUAUUUUUUGGAUGUUGCAGAGGCCUCUUGGGUUCUUCUCAUUGGGAGAGGACAAUUGCCAGUAGAGAGAAAGAGAGCCUUUGAGUGGUGUCAGUCUCUGGCCUACUUUUCAGCUUCCAGGCACUUCUUUCAGUAAACUGGGAUGGGAAAGUUGAUGGAAGUUGGGAGUGCCAACAUCACCUGGAAGGCCACAAGUUCCCCACCCGUAAGACAGAACUUCAUAACCACACAGAACUCAGACAUGGCUGACUUGGGCACCAUGCUGCUAUAGUAGAGGAUGCCCUGAUCCCAUCCUCAAAGUCACACCAGUGAGUUAUCCUCUUGUAGAAAUAGAGUUCCUUUUGUACAGGAAUUUUUUAAAUGUUGGUUUGCUAAUUUCUGUAUUGGGGGGGGGGGGAUAUCAGCUACUGAAGUCAAGCUUGCAACUGAUUUGCGCUUUGACUGAUUCCCUCUAUAUGUUUGGUAACUCAGAGUUCAAAGGCAUAGUUGCCUGUCACUUUUAUAUGUAUUUAUUGGCUAUUACUGGUCCUUACUGAUACAUGACUAUUCUGGAGUGCUCUAUUUGUAUUCAGCAUUUUAAUAUUAAAAAGAAGUCCACAAAAUUAAACUACACCAAGAACUUAAUUCUUCAACAAAAAGAAAUUGCUUUUCAGUUUUACUUAAUACUAAAAGUAAGCCAUCCUCCCCCCCACACACACACACACUUCCCCCUUUGGGUUUAUACCUUAUUUGAUUAUGAAGGCUGCAAUGCUAAAUAUGUUUACAUAGAGGUAAGUCUUACUUAAUUCAGUGGGGAGGAUGAAACUCUUGAUUAUUCUGCUUGCACAAUCCACUUGUUCACUAUCUCAUAUAAGAGAGAGAGAGAGAGCGUAGACAGGACAGGUUUCACGUACACGAGCACUUUCCUUUUAAAAAAAUGUAUGUGCUAUCCUAACUGGAAAUAAGGAAAUAAAUAUUUGAGCACCUGCUUAACUUGUCCAUGAAACCUCAUAACAAGAUUCCUGCCAGGAACAAGAUAUUAAAGUCACCCCUCUGUACCCUGUUUCUUUGGCAAUGGCUGUGCCAGGAGCCUUGACAAAAAAAGGAAGUAGAAACCAGCACCUUAGUUUCUCAAAGCAAAUUAUUAUAAGGAAGGUGGGUAUACCUCUGUCUCCCUUGGGGCAAAGAAGAGAUACUGGCUUGGCUAGCAAUGAUUAGCCUGCAUGUACAGCUUCCUAGUGAUUCUGUACCCCAGAUGACAUCCCUUUUGCAAGCUGGCGAUGCCAGUAAGAGGGUGAGUGGCAGAUGGGUAAAUAUUUUCCUUCUGCAAGAGCUUGCUGCCUGCCCUUGUGUCGCUGGUCAGCUGGCUUCACUCCUUUUGACAGCUCUGUUGGGCUGUGCUUAGCUGGCAAACUCGUCUGGGGGAAAUGCAAGGAAGGACAAAGGUAAAGACCCUGGAAUGUCACUGAAGCAAGGCUGGAUCACUGUCAUCUUCCCAUUGCAAAAAAAGUUGCCGUUUGCUGUCAACUCAGUAGGUCCAGCCACUCUGCAGAGGCCUUUAUGGGAUUGUUACCUUUGGGUGGAAAACAAGGGGGCGUUUGCUUAUUCAAGUGCUUCGGUUUUCCACGUUAAGAGCUUGUGGGCAACUUUUGUAACAAUUACUUUGUGUGCUCACAGCUAAAUGUUUCCAUUCCCUUACAUUUUAUGAGACUGGUGGCCUUAAUUAUGAGCACAAGUUAAUUAUACCGUACCACCCACCCACAGUGCACAGGCAUGGUUUUCCUAUAUUGCAAACAUACAGCUUGCAACAAAGAGCAACAGUUCCACGCAGUUCUGUGACUGGAGUUGACUAUAUUUGUGAUUAAAAUACUUGGUUGAAAAACUGUAGCACGGGUGGCUUUUUACCACAUGUUUAUGGCUUUGCCUACUGUGCAUGUCUAUUACAUACAAUUCUUAUUUGCGUGCACAUAAAGGCAAGUUGUAACUUGAAGAAAGGGAACCAAAUGUUAGCUUUUAUAAAAGCACAUGUUAAUUUGACAAGCGGGAUAGUAGACUCCCCGCUUCCAUUUCCUUCCCUUUCUUUAUCCCUUGCUUUCAACCUUUCCAUCCCCCUGUUUCUGUCCAGAUUAGACAGGUAAGAAAUACCCACCAAUACACAGCAGUGCUGGUUUGGGAGCACACUUGAGGUCAGCAGUAGCGGGCAAAGGGAGUUAUUGAAGCAGGCCAGUAAGUUUUGUAAUUUGCAUUAAUAUACCUCCCACAAACAAAAAGAAGACCACGUAUACUGGAUUUGGUAAACUCGUGAAACCAACACCAGAAAGGAAAAACAUUGUAGGUAAGGGUUGGCAACUCUAUUCCCUCUGUAGAUCAGGGUUUCCCAAACUUGGGUCUCCAACUGUUGGACUACAACUCUCAUCAUCCCUAGCUAGCAGGACAUGUGGUCAGAGAUGAUGGGAAUUGUCCAAAACCAAAUGGAGACCCAAGUUUGGGAAACACUGGUGUAGAUCCUUUACUCUUUCAAGUUUGUUGUUUCCGGUAUGAUGGAAUGCGAGAGAGGUGGAGAAAUAGCUCUUGUAUGUAUACGAUGACUAAACUAGACAAAUGCCUGAACAAUUUGUCACAUGGGGUUGAAAGAGAGAGACUUAAGCUCUGUUCCUUUGCCUCUCAGUUUGAUGGAGUAGCGAUCUGAGAGGUAAGAGGUCCAGUCUGACAUCUUCACUUCUCUCGGUUCCAGCUCCUUCCCAUCGAACCUCGUCCUCUUGCUGCAGCGACCUGACCCGUUUCCAUACUACGUUGUUCUGGGCAAAGGUCUUUAAGGUGGCACCAUGUCCUAGAACAUCCAGUUUGUUUUCUCUAUGAUAGUGCCAUUUUACCCAGACAACAAAAGGAAAAUAUAUAUAUAUAUAGGCCUAGGGUUAUCAACCAGUUUAUGAACACUUUGCAUGCAGCAAAUCUGCAGCUGCGUUUUGUAAACCGCAUUGAGGUUUUGUUCUUACAGUCAAGCAGCGAUGUCAUAAACUGGCAGGACUAUGGAGAGGAGGGAGUGGAUCCUGGCUAGGGUUGUAGCCAGGACACACUGGGACAAGCAGGGGAUGGGGAAGGAAGUAUUCUCAGAGUGACAGAGGAUGGCAAGGCAGUUGGGGGUGAGUGCACAGGAAUCAGAGCAGCAGGUCCCAGAGCCAGAGGGCCUCCUGUCUUGAUGAAAACAUUGGGCUCUGAGGCAUAGGGAGGAGUGGUAGGGGAGCUCUAGGAAGCUGAGGCAGGCAAGGGCCCACAGCUCAGCUCCUUAGCUGGCCAGGUGGGGCUCUCUAGCUCUGGAAGAAGCUUGUGAUUCUUCAGCUGAAGUAGGCUCAGAACAGGUGAGGGUCAUAUAUCUCAUUAAGCCCAGAUCCUGCAAUCAGCAUGCAGAGCACAAAAGGGAAGCAGAGCUGAGGGGCUGUGUCUGCUCAACUGCUGCCCAUGUUGAUAGACUUUGGCUUGGAUAAUCCUGAACUUCUAGGAGACUGUGCUUUGGGUUUGACUCUGAACUGUAUCCUGACUGCUGGACUUCAGACUUUGCUUACUUGGAUUGACCCUGGACUUUGAACUUUGGACUUGACUUACUGACUCGCCGCCAGGUAGGCCAGUGGUUCGGGGCAAGUAUAAACGUUUCCAUGAAAUAUGGAAUAAAUCGCAGUAGCAUGCAUCCAUGUUUCGCUUAACAUUGCAGGCAUUAGCCAAUGUUUAAGAAUGAGGUUGGCAGUCUUUGAAACACAGUUUUCGCCCCUUGCAAUUUUGUUUCCUGUUUGAGAGUGGUGGGGCAGGUGAAAACAAGAGUAGAUGAUGUAAAAAACAAAAUAAGGCUUUUAUAUGCUCUUGUUUUAGGGAUUGUGUUUCAGUGCUUUAAUGUGCUUGGUGAUCGUUAAUGGCACUGCAUCAAAAGGAGCAGCAAGGGCAUCUGAUAAGAAGGAAUUGGUGUCCUGCUCAGAACAAGUUGCUACAGGGCCAUUUGUGGUUGUGUCCUGAACAGAAGUUUAUUUGAUUCCCAAACGAAUGGGAUGUGUCUAUAUAUUUUAAGCCUGUAACAGUAUUUCUAAAACUACAUCAAGGGUGGGUCUACAAUGAGGCCUUCAAUCCCAGCUAGCAUGGCUUAAUGGUCCAGCUGUAAUUCAGUAAUAUCAGAAGGGUCAGAGGUUUCACAUCCCUGUGGUGUAGCAUGAGGGGGUGCGACGUAAGAGGUCCCCACCUUACGCCUUUUGUUUCCAAACCUCUCAAAUUAUAAAAAAGCACUAAUAGGGAUUUCUGAGGUAACACUCAACCUCUCCACUCUUCCCUAUAGCCUUAUUGUAAUCCCCCUAUCCCUUGUAGGUUUUACAAUUAAAUGGGAGUACUUUACCAGCCCGAACGUGGCCCGGUAUCUUCUUAAGCUCUGGGGUGAAUAUGAGACUAUUCUUAGUGUACACACCAGUAAGGGGUUCUCCUCACUUGAGCUUUUCCCACUGUGAAGCUUUCCUCCCUCCCGAGGAAACUUUGUGUCACCCUUGAACCAGUCUCCCUCUUCCUCCCCCUCUCGGUGUACUCAAGGGACAACAAACUAUCCUUUCUGCCUUAGCUAGGGGUUUUGUCCUUUUAAUGAGUAUCCCCACCAGAUGAGCAAUAGAUACCUCUGCUGGAAAGAUCACACCGACGAUAGUUUAAAUGGCACUUUAACUUAACAUUUAAUGUCUUAAAAUCUUAACAGUUGCGUUCAAGUUUCAUGUGUACAAGCAUGUGGUUUCAAUAAAACUGUUCUUGUUAAUUGUAUAAUUACAAACCUAACCAAUUCCUCAUCUACACCUACUCUAGUAACCUACUCCACAAUCUCCCACACGCUUCCGCUCCCCAAACCCUCUCUCUCUCAGAAUUAACGGCUACCCAACCUCUUUUAACCCGUGGCUGUCCCGCCCCUCAUGGAAUGGAAUGCCGUCAAUCAACUAAGAGGGUGGGUUUAACACUUAACACCCUGGAGUUCUACUCAAGCCAGCCCAAUCCGCCACAAGGGGCACCAGAAAUUGGCAUCAUUGGUCCAUGCCUGAGAUCCAUGCCUCAUUAUGCAACCCAGUGGCAAUUCAUGGAGCCUCGUGGCCACCUUGCUGUCACUGCAUGGCCACCUGCUCUCUUCAAGCAAGGAAGGAAGUAGGGACACUGAGGGGAAGCAGAAAACCUCUGCAUGAUUAUCUCUCUCUGGGAAAUGAAGUGAGAUAUAGAAAGGAGGGAGGAGAGAAGCCACAUGUGAAGGGCUCCUUCCAAGAGUGUCUUUCCCAAAGCCUUCUGAAAACCUGGCGCUGUACAGGAUCUGGCUGUGAGUCGCCGCAAAAUAUGGCAGCUCCGGGUUAUGAGUAGGUGGUUGUGGCACUGAGAGAUACUUUCUACGUUAAAAGAUCUUUCAUCUGUAUUUGCAGUUAUGCUAUCCUCUAAAACAGACAUCCCCAAACUGCAGCCCUCCAGAUGUUUUGGCCUACAACUCCCAUGAUCCCUAUUUAACAGGACCAGUGGUCAGGGAUGAUGGGAAUUGUAGUCCGAAACAUCUGGAGGGCCAAAGUUUGGGGUUGCCUGCUCUAAAAUAUAUACUGUAGGUGUAAAAAAUAUACCUUUAAUAAAAUAGUUUACUUUUUUUAAAAAAAAAAAGUUUGGUUUUUUUUGGAAAUCAGAAUUCAACCCCACCCACCCCCAAUCAGA